AUGGAUAGAGUCUGGUCCGACUUCAAUUUCAAUUUGCCCGCCUCGCUCCUCGCCGACGAUGGCAUCUUCAAUGGUUCGACCAAAGAGACCUUCAAGACGGCACGACGCAAGAGGAGGUGCCCAACCUCCGAUCAAGAUAUGUUCCUGGCCUGCAACGCCUGCAGGCAGAAGAAGGUCAAGCUGGAAGCGGAGCUGCGCAAGCACGGCUUAGACGUCCCUCCAAGCAGCGAACCAGCAGGCGAGCCCACCGAUGUAUCAUCCCAGCUGUCGGACUCCACGCGCCAUGAAUCCCUCAACUCUUCUCGAGGAGGCAUCCAGUCCAGGAGGUCUUCUACCAAUCUAAUUGGCAGGCUUUGCCGGUCUGAGCCACGGAUCAGUACAGACCGAGCAGGUCGGCUGCAUUUCUACGGGCCCUCUUCCAGCCUCCACACCGCCGAGAGUAUAUCUUCUUGGUUUUCAUGUAGCGAGACGCUGGGAGAGGUACCGCAAAAUAAUGCCCGCGAGUUGCCAUGUAAGCUCCAGAAUCACCUCCUCGACCAUUAUUGGAAGUACCAGCAUGGAGUCAUCCAAUUGGUUAACCGACAAGCCUUUUUGAGCGACAUGGAAGCCGGUCGUUGCCGGUACUACAGCAAGGCUUUGCUCUACGCCAUAUUGGCCUCGGCCGCCAGGGUGUCAGAUUACCCGGAGAUCAGGGCUCUGGUGGUGCCGGCAGAGGUUGAGACACACAGCUACCGUUGUGAAGAGCCUUAUCUGUUCCGGAAAGCCACCACUCUGGUGGAAGAGGAGCUACAGAACGAUGCAAGCGUGACCACUGUGCAGGCUCUGGGCCUGUUGAGCGUAAUUUGUGUUUCUUACUCGGGUUCGGACGUGAGAGGAUGGAUGGACUCAGGUCGCGCCAUCCGUCUCGCUUUCGAAUUCGGCCUCAACCACGAGCUCUCCAUGGUGCGAGAGGACAGCUGCACCCAGAUGGACUCGGAAGUUCGUAGAACUGCAUUCUGGGGCUGUUUCACCUUGGAUCAGUUGUGGUCGACAUACCUUGGGCGACCUCAUCUGAUAAGCCUCGACGAUGUCACUCAAAGUCGUCCUGCAGCAUCACCGGGCGAGCACAAGUGGGACGAUGUCAUUGCUGGUGCUUGGGCUGGCCUGAGUGAACUCCUCGAGCGCAUAUGCGAUUCCAUGUAUCCACAACUUCGACUCCGCGUUCCGCCGCUUGCUAACUUGGUCUACACAGAAAUCGAAAACUUCCGUCGAACAUGCUCCUGCAACAAGACGCGCGCAAGUGGCUGUCAGCGCUACAUCCGAGCCUUCAUUACGCUCCAGAGUCGCCACCCGCUGUUCACGUGUUACAGCUAUGGAGAUGGCCGUCUUUACUAUCUGUCGCUGACUCUGCUGACUUGGGAGCCAAGUCUCCAUUAUCACAGUGCCUGCAUGCUGGAAAGGCUCUCAGAAGCUCGUUUCGGGGCAGCGAUCCCAGAUAUUUCCCCGGAGACGGUUACUGCCCGCUCGACCUGCAUCAGUCACGCCCUACGGGUCGCAGCCAUCACCAAAGACUACAGAACUCAUCACGGGAGUGCGCGGACCAUGAUAGGUAACUCAAUCUCCGGCAUCAUCAUCGCAGUGUUGGUUUUGAUAGCGAAUUGGAUGGACAGAGGGGAGAGCGAUGCGGGCGAGUGUCUCGAACUCGUGGAUUCGUGUGUCCGCAGCGUGCAAGAGAUGCAAGUCUCCUUCGCCUGCGCGCGGACCCUGUCCAAGCAGGUGCUCUAUCUUAUGCGCCGAUAUAACUUUCCUUCGCUCCCUUCACAAAGCCGGACCACCUGGAACGAGGCUGACAACAGUCUCUUGUCUCAAUUGAGUCAAUCGCUCCCAAUCUUCUCUUCGGAGCCAGGUUCUGUGAUAUCUCACGAGCACGACCUCGACCUGUUUCCUGCAAUGUUUGAACACGAAGGGUUUGAGAUGUCGGUGCCAUGGACCAUGUCACCCGAAGUGAUGGGUCUUUUAUAG